GUUUGUUUUCCCACUCAAACUCCAUAUCCUUUCACAGCUGGAGAAGCAGUCCUCCCACCCGCUUGCUGUCGCCGAUAUCCGAGAGACACACUGGCCACCUCUACAUCGCUGCGGUACUCCCCAGGAGAUCAGCAAAAUGGAUGCCGGGUUGGAGCAGGUGGACCUCAAAGAGCCUGCUACCCACGAGGUCACCGUUUCUUCGCAAUCUCGGCCAACCACCUCCUCGACCGCCCGGAACGCCGAAGAUCUGAGCGAAGAGGCCCGGCGCAACAACCCGAAUGGCUCGACUCGCCCGACUGGGGUCUCUGUCCGCCAGGCGACGGCCGAUUUCGCCGAGCUGCAGCGCGAGCUAUCCCGCAUAUCGCGUGCUAGCCAGCCACGCAGCCAUGGAGAGGACAGGAAGAGCCAGCUCGAGGGCGGAUUCCCCGCGUCCGAGGAGACCUUUGAGCAAUUCGAUCUGGAAGCAGUCCUGCGAGGCGACCUGGCCGCCGAGAGGGAGGCGGGGAUUCGGCCGAAGCACAUCGGGGUCUACUGGGACGGUCUCACGGUCAAGGGAAUAGGCGGACAGACGAACUAUGUCAAGACUUUUCCUGAUGCUUUCAUCGACUUCUUCGAUGUCAUUACUCCUAUUCGACAAAUGCUAGGCUUUGGGAAGAAAGGAGUCGAGGUCACGCUCCUGGACAACUUUAGGGGUGUCUGCAAACCGGGCGAGAUGAUUCUCGUGUUGGGCAAGCCCGGCUCUGGCUGCACUACUUUCCUCAAGACCAUCGCGAACCAGCGGUACGGAUACACCGCAGUAACUGGCGAGGUACUGUACGGCCCGUUCACCGACAAGGAGUUCCUGCAGUACCGGGGUGAGGCCUUGUACAACGACGAGGACGAUAUCCACCACCCGACUCUCACCGUCGAGCAGACUCUCGGAUUUGCGCUCGAUGUCAAGAUGCCGGGCAAGCUCCCUGCCGGCCUCACCAGACAGCAGUUCAAGGAGAAGGUCGUGACAACUCUGUUGAAGAUGUUCAACAUUGAGCACACCCGCAAGACGAUUGUCGGCAAUCCCUUCGUUCGCGGCGUCUCCGGUGGCGAGAGGAAGCGGGUGUCCAUUGCCGAAAUGCUGGUCAGCAACGCUUGCAUUCUGUCCUGGGACAACAGCACUCGCGGCUUGGAUGCUUCGACCGCCUUGGACUUCAUCAAGUCUCUCCGCGUGCAAACCGACCUGUACAAGACCAGCACCUUCGUCUCGCUGUACCAGGCAUCCGAGAACAUCUACAAGCUGUUCGACAAGGUCCUGGUCAUUGACGAAGGCAAACAAGUUUACUUUGGUCCUGCUUCCGAGGCCAGGGCGUACUUCGAGGGACUCGGCUUCCUCCCCCGGCCCCGGCAGACCACUCCCGACUACGUUACUGGCUGCACAGACGCGUAUGAGCGCGAGUAUCAGGAGGGCCGCUCCGCCGAAAAUGCGCCACACAGCCCCGCCACACUUGAAGCGGCCUUCAGGGAGUCGAAGUUCGCCAGGGCCCUGGACGAAGAGAUGGCUGAAUACAAGAAGAGGCUCCCAGAGGAGGCCGAACGGUACGAGGACUUCCGCAUCGCGGUCCGCGAGCAGAAGCGCCGUGGCGCUUCCAAGAAGGCUGCCUACUCGGUCGGGUUCCACCAGCAAGUAUGGGCGCUGAUGAAGCGACAAUUCCUGCUCAAGAAGCAAGACGUGCUCGCACUUGUCCUCUCUUGGGCGAGGAAUAUUAUCAUCGCCAUUGUCCUCGGAACCCUGUACUUGAACCUGGGUCAGACGUCCGCUAGCGCUUUCAGCAAAGGCGGGUUGCUCUUCAUCGCUCUCCUACACAACAUCUUCAGUUCCUUUUCCGAGCUGGCUGGCACCAUGACGGGACGCGCCGUGGUCAACAAGCACCGGGCGUACGCAUUCCACAGGCCCUCGGCCUUGUGGAUUGCGCAGAUCUUCGUGGACCAGAUCUUUUCCGCCGCCCAAGUCCUCGUCUUCUCACUCAUUGUCUACUUCAUGACGAAUCUGGCACGGAACGCUGGCGCCUUCUUUACCUUCUACCUGCUGCUUCUGUCGGCGAACUUGUGCAUGACUCUUUUCUUCCGCAUCUUGGGCUGCAUCUCGCCCGAUUUCGACUACGCUGUCAAGUUCGCGACAGUCGGCAUCACGUUGAUGAUCACCACUGCCGGCUACCUCAUCCAGUAUCAAUCCGAGAAGGUGUGGCUGCGAUGGAUUUACUACAUCAAUAUUGUCGGUCUCACUUUUAGCGCCUUGAUGGAAAACGAAUUCUCCCGUUCGAACAUGACCUGCACGGCGGAGUCCCUGAUCCCUGCAGGCCCGGGGUACACAGACAUCAACAAUCAGGUUUGCACUCUCGCGGGGUCGAAGCCGGGAAAUCUUGAGAUCAGCGGUUACGAUUACCUCGAGAAGGGGUUCUCCUACCAGCGCGGGCUCCUCUGGCGCGACUGGGGUAUUGUGGUAGCCAUCAUCGUCUUCUUCCUGAUCAUGAACAUCGUUGCUGGAGAGUUCGUCCGCCACGGCAUGGGCGGAAACCGGGCCAAGGUGUUCCAGAAGCCGAAUGCGGAACGGGAAAGGCUCAACGCCGAGCUGCUCCGCAAGAGGGAAGAGAAGCGCAGAGCUCGUGCGGAGGAGUCAGAGUCGUCAGACCUGAACAUCAAGUCGGAAAGCAUUCUCACAUGGGAGAACCUUUGCUACGACGUCCCUGUGCCCGGUGGCACUCGUCGCUUGCUAGACAAUGUAUUUGGUUACGUCAAGCCCGGUGAGCUUACCGCUCUGAUGGGCGCUUCGGGGGCAGGCAAGACGACUCUCCUGGACGUCCUUGCGGCGAGAAAGAACAUUGGCGUCAUCACAGGCGACAUCUUGGUCGACGGCGUCAAGCCAGGCAAGGAAUUCCAGCGCGGCACGUCCUACGCUGAGCAGCUCGACGUCCACGACCCUACGCAGACCAUCCGCGAGGCCCUCCGGUUCUCGGCUGACCUGCGCCAGCCGUACGAGACUCCGCGCGAGGAGAAGUACCGCUACGUCGAGGAGAUUAUCGCGCUUCUGGAGAUGGAGACCUUCGCCGACGCGGUGAUUGGCACUCCCGAGGCCGGUCUGACCGUCGAGCAGCGCAAGCGGGUUACGAUCGGCGUCGAGUUGGCCGCCAAGCCCGAGCUUCUCCUCUUCCUCGAUGAGCCGACGUCUGGCCUUGACAGCCAGAGCGCCUUCAACAUUGUCCGCUUUCUGAAGAAGCUCGCUGCCGCCGGCCAGGCCAUUCUCUGCACCAUCCACCAGCCCAACGCCGCUCUUUUUGAGAAUUUCGACCGGCUGCUGCUCCUCAAGUCUGGUGGGCGCUGCGUCUAUUUCGGCGAGAUCGGCAAGGACGCCUGCGUGCUGAGAGACUAUCUGAGCCGGCACGGGGCCACUGCGGGCGCUUCGGACAACGUUGCCGAGUUCAUGCUCGAAGCCAUCGGCGCCGGCAGUUCCCCCCGCAUCGGCAACCGCGAUUGGGCAGACAUCUGGGCCGAGAGCCCGGAGCUUGCCAACGUCAAGGAUACCAUUGCGCAGAUGAAGGAAGCCCGCAAGGCAGCCGGUGCGCAGCGCCGCCCCGAGCUCGAGAAGGAGUAUGCCUCGCCUUUCUGGCACCAGGUCAAGGUCGUUGUCCACCGUGCUAACCUGGCGCACUGGCGGACCCCCAACUACCUCUUCACCCGUCUGUUCAACCACUUCGUCAUUGCGCUGCUGACCGGCUUGACCUACCUCAAUCUGGACAACUCGAGGCAGUCGCUCCAGUAUAAGGUCUUCGUCAUGUUCCAGGUCACUGUGCUGCCCGCCUUGAUCAUCUCGCAGAUCGAGGUUAUGUACCACGUCAAGCGCGCGCUGUUCUUCCGGGAGCAGUCGUCCAAGAUGUACAGCUCCUUCGUGUUCGCGACGUCGCUGCUCGUCGCCGAGAUGCCGUACAGCGUCCUGUGCGCCGUCUCGUUCUUCCUCCCCCUCUACUACAUCCCCGGCCUGCAGCCCGAGCCGUCGCGGGCCGGAUACCAAUUCUUCAUCAUCCUCAUCACCGAGAUCUUCUCGGUCACGCUGGGGCAAGCGCUCUCGGCGUUGACGCCCUCGCUGUUCGUCUCGUCCCAGUUCGACCCCUUCAUCUUCGUCACCUUCUCCCUGUUCUGCGGCGUCACCAUCCCCGCCCCGCAGAUGCCGGCCGGCUACCGCACCUGGCUGUACCAGCUCAACCCGUUCACGCGCCUCAUCGGCGGCAUGGUGGUGACCGCGCUGCACGACGUGCCCGUGCAGUGCAGCCCGCCGGAGCUCAACGCGUUCCGGGCGCCGAGCAACACCACGUGCGGCGAGUACAUGCAGCCGUUCUUCGAGCGCGGCGGCGCCGGCUACCUCGUCAGCAACAACACGCAGGACUGCGAGUACUGCGCUUACAAGGUGGGCGACGAGUUCUACCAGCCGCUCGGCCUGAGCUUCGACAACCGCUGGCGGGACCUGGGCAUCUACAUUGCGUAUAUCGGGAGCAACUUGAUCAUCCUGUUCCUUGCGAGCCGAUUCCUGAACUACAACAAGCGGUGACCGACACCGAUCUGGCGCCACUCCAUGAUAGGGGGCGGAACAGCAACCAAACCCUUACCUUUAGGAUACGAUAGAUCUCCUUUGUCAUGCACUACUUACCUGCCUCCGCGCUCGGCGUUUUUGGUCGAUCAAGCGCAGCGACGUUUUAGACUGGGUUGGGUAACUCUAGACACUCAUUUCUUGUUUGCUAGUCUUAGUGCACUGUGAGUUGAGCCGUUGCCGGGCGUCUAAAAGCAGUUCUUGCAUUGCCCGGCUAGUAUAUACCUA